AUGAUUAACUAUCUUCAAGAAAAUGUCAAUGGAAGUGAUGGUACGGUUUUAUUUUUAAAAACCAUGCGCAGACUGUAUCAAUCAUUCGUUGAGGAAAAUCUGUCCCCAUUGGAACGAAUUCGUGAGAUUUGGAUUGCACUUUUUACUGUUAGAGGCUGGAAAAAUUGGUGUAGUAUAAACAAAAAAAUGAAAGCAUUCAUCAGCACGAAUGCUUACAUUUGUGUCGAACUAAAUGCACAUGCAAUUGUAAAAUUCGUUCAAAUAUGCAGAGAACGGAAUGCUCCUCAUGAAUUCGUUAUGUGGGUGUUAUCGAGCCAACCAUGUGAGCACUUAUUCAGGGUUCUAAGAUCACUAACUACAACAUGUCAAACAGUAAUAAACUUUUCUGUCAAGGAGUUUACUGAAAAAUUGAAACGUGUCCAGUUUAAAUACAACAUCAUGUACAACCGAAGAGACAAGUUAAAUUUUCCUACUCUUGAUAGGCUACAGCAGCGGAAAACUAAUAUUGACCUGCCAACGAAUGCUGCCAUUAACGACACAAUUAAGCAAGCCCAGGUCACUGCGAUACGUGAGCUAUUAGCGCUAGGAGUUUGCAAAUCACUAGUUGAUCUACCUAUUUCAAUCGGCCAUUUUAACUCCAAAAGUCAGGAGAUACCGGAGGUACCGCAUGUACAGUACGACGACGAUUGUGACAACGGAAUUAUUGAAGAUUUAUAUUCACAAGAAGAAAUCGAAGAAAUUUCACCAUAUUUUUUUGUCGGCUGCAAAGAUAUUCAUGAUGAACCAGAUUCAAUAGAGGACUUGCCUCAAGAAACAGAAUUUGUUGCUGUUCAUGAAAAAAGUUCCACUUAUUUAGAGAGUAUUUUUUAUGAUGAAACGACACAACUUGGAUUAGACGAAAAAGACAUGUUGGAAACGACAAACUUUAACGACUAUGACGAAGGAGAAGCGGACUCUGCAGAUGAAGACGAAAACCUUGACAAAUCAACAACUAUCAGUAACCCCGAUGAGCACGACGAAAAUGUUUGCCACGCCAGAGAUAUAUUUCCGAAUUAUAACGACAAAUUUGUGCUGGACAACUGUAGAACUGGUAAAAAGCACACCUUUAAAGUAAUAGAUUCUACAGGAAAAAUCAAAACCAUUAAAAUAAGUUACUGUCUUUACCUAUUAACGGAUGGAAGGUACUCGUUAUCAUCAGAUCGUUUACAUAGAUUUAGACAAAAAGAGUUAAAAUCAAAGGUUGCCCAAUAAUCAUUUCUACUACCAACAUUGAUUUUAAAAAGGUAAAAUAAUUUUGCAAUUGUUAUCGGUUAUGGAACUUUAUUUAUUGCUAAUCAAUCAAUUGCACGCAUUUAUUUGUGUAAAUCAGGCCUGCCCAACCUUUUUGGCUCAAUUUUCACAUUUUUGAUCGUCAAAAUUACAAUUGUUGAUUUUUUCAUGGUUUCUUUGAUGGAAUCGGUUCUCAGAUGACCAGUGAACAUAACUUUGAUAAAAGUUUGAAAAAAUAUUUUUGCGGGUCGUUUUUAUGUAAGUUUUAAGUGAAAAAUUGGUCCGGCCCGCGGGCCGGAUUGAUUUUUGCCGUAAAAUGUAGAUAAAAACGACUUGUAUAAAUAUUUUUUCAAACUUUUGGUAAAGUUAUGUUCACUAGUCAUCUGAGAACCGAUUCCAUCAAAGAAACCAUGACAAAAUCAACAAUUGUAAUUUUGACGAUCAAAAAUGUGAAAAUUGAGCCGAAAAGGUUGGGCAGGCCUGGUGUAAAUUAACAUAACAGUCGAAAAAAGCAGCGCUGAUUUUACCAGAAUCCUACUACAAUCGUUCUUACAUUUCUGGGAGGGAGCUAUUGGGAGCAACAAUUCUUCUGCAAGAACAUCGUGACUGGGCAUAUGCGAAAGGGACAAUCCAUAAACCACGUGGACACAUUUUGGCAAAUCUCAGACCCCCUCCCCCCUCGUGGACAAUUCCCAUACAAAAGAAAUCUUUUUUGUAUUGAGCGUGGACAAUAGAGUUAUCUACGUGCGCUUGUAUUGCGUGUACGUACACAAAAAAGAUUGAGGUUAAAUUUUGUCCGGCCAGCAAAAUCAAAUGGUGCGCUAGUGUGUGUACGCGAAACGUCAUAAAGCUCUAUAGAGCUUUAUGACGUUUCUCGGACGCACACUAACGCACCACUCGAUUUUAUUUUCGUGUACUUAAACGCAAUUCAUACGCACGUAGAUUACUCCAUUGCUAACCCCGCACCUAAGGUGUCCACGUGGUUUAUGGAUUGUCCCAAAGCAGCGCGUUUAAUUAUCUAUUUUUAAUAUGCAUGAUAACAUAAAAUAGCAAUAAAAAAAAAAUACUAAUCCCUUUGGCUGUUAACUCACACAUGUUUUGGGCAUUUGAGGUGUUCGCAAUUAUAAAUUUUAAUCGUUUCCAUUUUUAAUUUACAAAAUUAUUAUUGUUUCUUGCAGCUGAAUACCUCGUUCAAAUAAUGUGAUCCAUACAACCGUACCGUACCGUAAGUUUAUACACUUAAAUUUAAUUGCUAUAAAAUGAGUAAUAAAUUUCCUUAAUCCGCAGAUUUGUCACCUUGCAUCUAUUUAUCUGUAUCACCCAAAAGAGCUUUAAUCUACAACCAACUCACAUCCCGGUCUGGCGCCACCGUCUUCUACAAACAACCGAACAAGCUGAGGAUCCUGCUGCCGUCGUGAAGUCCGAGUAACGUGUCGAACGCCGUGGCCAAUCCACGCAGCUUGUGUGGUCCGAAUCGCGUGACGAACGCCGUGGCCAAUCCAUGCAGAUACUCGAGGCUCGAAGCACCUUCCGGAAACCGCGGCUAAGCUGUGGAUCCUGCUGUCCUCGUGAAGUCCGAGUCGCCUGAUGACCGCCGUUGCAGAUUGUCCAUUCGUUUUGAAACGUGUGAAGUGUAAUUAAGUAGGUUGCAAAAAAAAGUUUUUCGUUAGUUCAGUUCUAAAUUAAACAUUUAUUUGCAACAGGUUUAUUGCUGACACACGUGAUUUAACAUCUUCCGGAAACUGCGACUAAGCUGUGGAUCCUGCUGUCCUCGUGAAGUCCGAGUAACGUGUCGAACGCCGUGGCCAAUCCACGCAGCUUGUGUGGUCCGAAUCGCGUGACGAACGCCGUGGCCAAUCCAUGCAGAUACUCGAGGCUCGAAGCACCUUCCGGAAACCGCUGGCUAAGCUGUGGAUCCUGCUGUCCUCGUGAAGUCCGAGUAACGUGUCGAACGCCGUGGCCAAUCCACGCAGCUUGUGUGGUCCGAAUCGCGUGACGAACGCCGUGGCCAAUCCAUGCAGAUACUCGAGGCUCGAAGCACCUUCCGGAAACCGCGGCUAAGCUGUGGAUCCUGCUGUCCUCGUGAAGUCCGAGUCGCCUGAUGACCGCCGUUGCAGAUUGUCCAUUCGUUUUGAAACGUGUGAAGUGUAAUUAAGUAGGUUGCAAAAAAAAGUUUUUCGUUAGUUCAGUUCUAAAUUAAACAUUUAUUUGCAACAGGUUUAUUGCUGACACACGUGAUUUAACAUCUUCCGGAAACUGCGACUAAGCUGUGGAUCCUGCUGUCCUCGUGAAGUCCGAAUAACGUGUCGAACGCCGUGGCCAAUCCACGCAGCUUGUGUGGUCCGAAUCGCGUGACGAACGCCGUGGCCAAUCCAUGCAGAUACUCGAGGCUCGAAGCACCUUCCGGAAACCGCGGCUAAGCUGUGGAUCCUGCUGUCCUCGUGAAGUCCGAGUCGCCUGAUGACCGCCGUUGCAGAUUGUCCAUUCGUUUUGAAACGUGUGAAGUGUAAUUAAGUAGGUUGCAAAAAAAAGUUUUUCGUUAGUUCAGUUCUAAAUUAAACAUUUAUUUGCAACAGGUUUAUUGCUGACACACGUGAUUUAACAUCUUCCGGAAACUGCGACUAAGCUGUGGAUCCUGCUGUCCUCGUGAAGUCCGAGUAACGUGUCGAACGCCGUGGCCAAUCCACGCAGCUUGUGUGGUCCGAAUCGCGUGACGAACGCCGUGGCCAAUCCAUGCAGAUACUCGAGGCUCGAAGCACCUUCCGGAAACCGCUGGCUAAGCUGUGGAUCCUGCUGUCCUCGUGAAGUCCGAGUAACGUGUCGAACGCCGUGGCCAAUCCACGCAGCUUGUGUGGUCCGAAUCGCGUGACGAACGCCGUGGCCAAUCCAUGCAGAUACUCGAGGCUCGAAGCACCUUCCGGAAACCGCGGCUAAGCUGUGGAUCCUGCUGUCCUCGUGAAGUCCGAGUCGCGUGAUGACCGCCGUGGCCAAUCCACGCAGAUACGCGAGGCUCGUCGUUGUGGGUUUUCCUUGCGUUUGAAUGUUUUGUGCGAUUGCUUGUAUAGUUAAGUUGCUUUUAGAUUAUUCGGACUUUUUUUACUGUUUAUAUAAAAUUUUCUUCGAUUCGCCAUUGUAGUCAUUUUGAUACGUUGAUGGCUUUUUAGUUUAAGAGAUGGAAUAAAAUAAUUUUAUGCACUGCGUUUAGUUUUUUUUUACGAUCAUGUCCCUGCUUGAAAUGAAAUCUGGUUGGGCUAGAAUUUGAUGCUAACUUGAUACAUCUGGAGACGUUAAAAAUCAAAAAAAAAAAAAUCUGAAGACGUUAUUAUAUUUGUAUUAGUCAUUUACUUAAAUUAUACUAGAAUGUAAUGCAGUUACAAUUCCCUUUGGUUCCAACGGCUGGACCUGGAAGCCGGAGUCAGAUUCACUCCCAAAACUACCCGACUGUGCAGCUCUGGAUCUCCGCUUUACUCGAUCUGUUUUUCGGUUCCAAUUCUGCACCUGGACACGAAACCGCCUUCACUGUAGACUCCAAGCUGCAAUUUGUCAAUCAACACAAUCGGAAGUAUCUAUACGAGUCAAGUGUUCCGACGAAUUGGUGUCCCGAAAGGUAAUAGCACGAGCAAUACAAGUUGCGCUAACCCGACCAGCUUCCAGGCGGCCACUCCACCUCCACCAGCAAGUAACGUUGCCAUCGAGGUUAGAGGAAUCCUUAUAACUGAUCCGAGGACACUUCCUGCAUUCCAAAUCUGUAUUACAAACGUAAACAUUAAAUAUUUUGACAGUAUGCUUUCCAAAUCUGUAUCACAAACGUAAACAUUAAACAUUUUGACAGUAUGUCAAAAUAAAACCGAGGUACAAAGUAAAGGGUGGGAACGUCAUGAUCAAAUCGAAAUUAAGAAAUUAAAUUUCCACCGUUAAUUAAUUAAAUUAUUUAAUUUCUUACUAUUGUCUCGCCCCUCGGAUUUUACCGAAUCUGAAUAUAAUCAAACAUCAAAUCAACAUAUGAUUACACAGCAAAAAAAAGUUGAAUUUUGGAAUGUUGAAAAUUUGGUUGGUUGAAUAUUAAUCAUUUUUUGAGUAAUAUUACUCAAAAAAUGUGUAAAAAUGUGAACCUGAUGAAUAUUCAUCAGAAACUGAUGAAAAUUCAUCAAUUCCUGAUGUAAUAUUACACAUAUUUUUUGCCACAAAAUCUGUCACCAUUUCCUGAUGAAUAUUACCAUCAUUUUUUUUUCUGUGUAGACCUGCGUCUGUCGUGAGGAAUCGCAAAUGAGUUCAAACAGUAAGGUGGAAAAGUUUUGUAAGGUGGACCCAUAAGAGUCUUGUUACAUUAUAACCUAAACCUACACUCUUGAAUUAUCUCUGGCCCAUCUGGCAACACUGGUUGAAUAAAAAGUCAGUCUUAUUCUCACGCACUUAGACAGCGGUUGAGUCUUGUUCUCUGUCCGAAACCCAUAACUAAACAUGGUGUCAGAGUAGCUUCUUUUGUACGAAAAAAGUGGCAAAAGGAGCAGUCGGGACUCGCGUUCGCGGAAAAAGUGUCCUUUCGGCGAUAAUUUGGUCGUAACAGCGGAAAAUUGUCGAUUAAAAAGGAAGCCAGUCCGAUUUCAAAAUGGCGUCGGGUGACGAGUCGUCAAGCACAGACUCGCAAGCCGGCCAGGGACAGGGAGGUGCAGGCGGCAAGAAGAAAAAGAAGAGAAACCGCACCUCGCCCGCGGCGAUUGCUGCUGCUGCAGCUAGUGCCGCUGUAACAAAAAUGAUAAACAGUAGUGUUCCUUUUCCCGAGCCGUUAUCUUUGUCGGGGAAUGUGCGACAAAAUGUGGACGACUUUAUAGAAGGAUUCGAAAUUUACAUGAUUGCAUCCGGUUUGGAGAACCAGGAAGAUAGAGUGCAAGUGGCCACUUUCAAAGCGGCGUUGGGACUAGAAGCACGGAAGAUUUUCAAGAACUGGCCGCUGUUGCCGGCGGAUACGGAGACUGUCGCCGGUUGCUUGGCGGUGUUGAAGAAGAACAUGGCGCCCCAGAGAAACGUCAAACUGGCGCGCUAUGAGUUUCUGCAGUGUAAACAACAAGAAGCUUGUGGUGGAAGUGACGGUGAAUCGAUGUCGCAGUUCAUUAACCGAGCCCGAGCACUUGUCAAAGACUGCAACUGGGGGAACAUGGAAGAAGAAAUGCUUCGCGAUAUCAUCGUGGCGGGUCUGAGCGAUCUUCGCUUAAAAAAAUCGUUCAUCGACAAGCCAGAGCUCACGGCGGCGCAAGUGAUUGAUCAGUGCAUGUCGGAAGAGGCGACACGGAAGGAGUUGGAGAAGAAUAAGUGGAUGGAAGAAAAGCACGCUGUGAAUAAAGUGUUCAAGAAGAAGUCGAAGAUCUGCUCGUAUUGUGGAAACGAGUACCACAAGAGCAUUUCGGAGUGUCCUGCACAAGGCUGCGAGUGCCGUUAUUGCAAACAGCGGAACCACUUCGAAGUCAUGUGCUGGAAGAAACGCGAAGACGAUAAGAGGAAGAAAAGUGAGAAGCAGAGCAAGAAGAACAAAAGUGGACGAAAAAAAGUGCAUACGAUCGACGAGGAAAACUCCGAAGAAAGCAGUGUUGCCGAAGAAGAUCUGGAUGAAGAAGUGGUCGAUUCGAUCGAGUUCCUGUACAGUGUCGAGCAAGAUCAUGCUGGUCUCCUAAAAGCCAAUCUCACGUUUCGCGACGGUGACAGCACGCCGAAGAAGGUCAAAUGCAUUUUGGACACCGGAGCCACGUGCAACGUAAUUGGCCUACCGUCGCUGCUGGAGAUUUUGAACGUGGACCAAAUCCCACUUGACAACAAUCGAGUGGUCCUGAGAGGAUUCGGAGGAUCCUCGAUUAAAACCAUCGGAAGAGCUACUGUUGACGUCCAGCACAACGGGAAACCGUACAAGGCAGUGUUCAACGUGGUCCGUUUCCCUCAGAUGCCGAUCCUGUCUAAGCACACCUGUCUGAAGUUGGAGCUGGUGAAGCUGUGCUUGACCAUCGCGGAGCAAGAAACCGAGGCCAGGAACAUAGUUUCUCGAUUCUCGUCAGUGUUCCAAGGCAUCGGAAAACUCGAAGGUGACGUACACCUAGAAGUUGAUCCCUCCAUCAAACCCGUUGUACAGCCUGCGCGUCGCAUUCCGGUAACGUUGAGAGAAGAGCUAAAGAAACAGCUCGGCGAAAUGGAGAAGCUGCAGAUCGUCGCCAGGGUGGAUGAGCCUACAGACUGGGUUGGACUGGACGACGAAAGCUCCAAGCUCACAACCUUCUGGACACCGUUUGGCCGGUAUUGUUGGAAAAGAAUGCCGUUUGGAAUUUCACCGGCACCGGAGAUUUUCCAGCAAAAGUUGCACGGCGCAGUCCACGGUCUCAAAGGUGUUCGCGCACUGGCGGACGACGUUCUGAUUUUUGGAAGUGGCGAGAGCACCGAGGAAGCCAUGAUCGACCAUAACCGGAACCUGCAGGCCUUUCUGGAAAGGAUGGCCGCAAAGAACGUUAAACUGAACAAGGACAAGAUUCGCCUCUGCCAGCCCACGGUGAAAUUUUUUGGACAUUUGCUUACGCCCGACGGCGUUAAACCAGAUCACGACAAAAUCCGGAGCAUCACGGAAAUGGAGGACCCCAAGGACGAAGCUGCUCUACUUCGGUUCCUAGGGAUGGUAACGUAUUUGUCCAGUUACCUACCGAAGCUCUCGACAGUGGCAGAGCCGCUGAGACGCUUGACGAAGAAAAACGAGCCGUGGUCGUGGGGAACUGAACACCGUAAGGCAUUCGCAGAGCUGAAGAAGCUUGUGACCGAGGCGCCAGUGCUGAAGUACUUCAACGCGAAAAAUGAGGUGGUCAUCCAAUGCGACAGCAGCAGUGUCGGACUUGGGGCGGUGCUGCUUCAAGGUGGACUUCCGGUGUGCUACGCGUCGAAAGCCUUGUCGCCGACGGAGCAACGUUACGCGCAGAUUGAAAAGGAGACGCUUGCGAUAUUGUACGCUUGUCGAAAGUUCGAGUUCUACAUCAUCGGAAAGAAAGCUCUGGUUCAAACAGACCACCAACCGUUGCUGAGAAUCUUCAAGCGUCCGUUGACCGAAAUUCCGAUGAGACUGCAGCGAAUGAUCCUGGCUCUUCAGCGGUACAAAGUCACUUUGCAGUUCAAACCAGGGAAAGAGGUCGUGAUAGCAGACAUGCUGUCAAGAGCCGCUCUCGCCGAAGGUGACAACACC